AUGUCUUCAUCGCAAACUUCCUCACUCGGACAAAGAGGGGUUGCCCUAGCAUCUGGACCGAAUCUUCGCGACAAAGCCACAGACAUACUCGCAAGACAAUGGGAUCCUGUGACCAAUCCAGACGGAGCCGUGAAUAUCGGUACGGCCGAAAAUCAUCUUAUGAUUGAGGAGGUUGCCGAGUCCAUUCGGUCGAAGAAUGCAUUAAACAGUGAGGUUUUGGAUUAUGGGGAAGGGCCAUGGGGUACACAGAGAUUGAGAAAUGCUAUGGCGAGAUUCAUGAAUCGGCAUUUUCAUCCCCAUGUCCCUAUCGACCCAGAAUACCUCACCUUCGCAAAUGGCUGUAACCCCAUCUUCAACAUGCUUGGACUCGUGUUGGGGGAUCCUGGAGACGGCAUCCUGCUCACGAGACCCAGUUACAUCGCCUUCGCCAGCGGCCUUGGUCUUGUUGCAAACAUGAAACCAAUAUACGUCCCCUUCCACCCGCUCUCAUUCCAAUUCUCCCCAACCUCAACCUCCGCCUACUCCAACACCCUCCAAACAGCAUCAUCAACCCACGGCAUCCGCACCCGCGCCCUGAUCCUCUGCAACCCCCACAACCCCCUCGGACGCUGCUACCCCAUCACCACACUCAUCGCGAUCCUCAAGUUCUGCUCAUUCCACGGCCUCCACCUCAUCUCCGACGAAAUAUACGCCAUGUCCGUCUACCCCACAUCCACAUCCCCGGACGCCACACCCUUCACAUCCAUCCUCGCAGUCCCCGACCUCGCAUCCUACAUCGACCCAGACUACGUGCACGUGCUGUACGGGCUGAGCAAGGACUUCUGCGCGGGUGGGAUGCGUUUAGGGUGCCUUUACACGACGAACGGGGCGCUGAGGCGCGCGGUGUCGGCGGUGAGCGAGUUUCACUGGCCGGGUGGGAUCGAUCAGGUUGUUGCGGCGACGGUGCUAGAGGACGAGGAGUGGGUGGAUGGGUUUUUGGAGAGGAGUCGGAGGAGGUUGGGGGUGGCGAGUGGGUUUGCGAAGGGGCUGUUGAGGGAGGUGGGGAUUGAGUGGGAGGAGGGUGAUGGUGGUGUGAAUGCGGGAUUCUUUCUUUGGGUGGAUUUGAGGAGGUGGGUUGUUAGGGAUGGUGAAGAUGGUGAUGAUGGGUGGGAAGGCGAGAGGAGGUUGGUGGAGAGGAUGAAGGCGGAGAAGGUGUUUUUGACGGCAGGGAGGGCUCAGGGGAGCAGCGAGCCUGGGUGGUUUAGGUUUGUGUUUAGUCGUGAGGAGAGGGUUGUCAGGGAGGGGAUUAAGAGGUUGGUCAAGUGUUUGGAGGGAAUCAAGGCGGACAUGGACAAGGAGAAAGGGGGUUGA